AACUGUUUCAAAAUGUCUGAAGAAGAGAGGAACGUUGCUCGCAAGGAGAUUCAUGAAACGUUAAAACUUUGCAAUUUUUGUGUACGCAAUAUCGGACUAUCUUUUAUAGAUAUACCAAAAAGUUUCUUCCAAAGUUUAACGUCUUAUCUAUCGUUCAUAAUGUCGUCAUCGUUAUUGGUUCUGAUGCUGGCAGGUGAGAUAGCGUAUGUCGCCGGCCAGAUGAUUAAUACCGCCUCCGUGGAGGAAUUUGUCGGUAGUUAUUUACACAUCGCUGGAUACGAUACUAUGAGUUUCGGCAAAUUGAUAACAAUUUGGUACAAGAGGCAUACGUUCCGACAACUGGUGGUGGAACUGGCAGAGAUAUGGCCAGCCUCCAUCAGAGACAGGGACGGAGUCGAGAUAAAACGAAACAGUCUCUCAACACUUAAGCAUAGACAGUUCUUGUAUGCCUUUUGGAAUAUCUUGGGUGUGUGGUUGUAUAACUUGACGCCGAUUGCUGUGCUCUUGUACCGUAAACUACGUGGUAUGCCUGCAGCUCUUGGCUACGUGUGGCAGAUGGCAUACCCUUUUGAUAAAACCAAGCCAGCAGCCCACGGCAUCGUGUAUAUCUUCGAAACAUGCGCAGGUUGCAUAUCAGUGUGUUGUAUGCUGGGUUCAGACUUGUUAUUCAUGACGAUGGCAAGUCACAUCAGUAUGCUACUGCGUCUGCUGCAGAAUCAAAUUCGUCGGCUCGGUACACUGGGAAGUAAAGACCCUUUUGACACGAGGUGCAACGAUUGUUACAAGGAUAUCGUUGAAGUCGUUAAAAUACAUCAGAGACUUAUCAGGUACAUUAAAGAUCUAGAGGAUGCCUUUUCGGUGGUAAACCUAAUAAAUGUAUUGUUGAGUUCUGUUAAUAUUUGCUGUGUGAUGUUCACUAUCGUGUUUUUAGAUUCGUGGAUGGAAAUGAGCAAUAAGUUCUAUCUUGGAGCUGCUUUGACGCAAAUAUUCAUCGUAUGCUGGUACGCCGAUGAUAUUUAUAGAGCUAGCGUAGGUGUAGCGGACGCGGUGUAUGAGAGCGGGUGGUAUAAAAGCAACACGCGAUGCCGGCGCGCGAUGCUCGUCGUACUUCAACGGUCACAGAGGCCUUUGUACUUCACAGCUCUCAAAUUUCGCGCUAUCACAAUGAUUACAUAUAGUUCAAUCCUUACAACGGCGUAUUCAUACUUCACGCUGUUGUACACGUCAUACCGUCGUGAUUAAAUGUUUAUCACUGGUGUCAUUUUAUUUUAAUAUUUUAUAAUUUGAUAGAAAACUGUAAC